GUUUGGUUGCUGCGGGAAUCACUUCGGCAGGAUGACAGUGUCCAUAAUGUGGACGAUUCCGUUGCAGGCCCGGAGGUCCGAAUCGACGAUCAGGGGCAUGUCGUCCUUGGAGUUCCCCUCGCCCUUCUGGAAGACGUCCCGCUUCGCGUUCUUGCAGAUUGUCCGGGUUUGCCUGUCGCUCUCCAUAUCCAGCAGGUCCGAGCAGCGCUGCGACAGGUCGUUCUCGGAGAGGACGCGGCCGGCCACGUGCGUCAGGAGGAGGUCCACAACCUCGGCCUGCCGGAGGUCCCCAAGCCGGCGCCAGUCCAGAAAWGCCCCAAAGGCCUUGUCGUUCGGGGCAAAGAGGGUGAAUUCGGUGCGGAGAUCGUCGAGGGUGUCGUACAGGUCCGCCCGGUGGAGGGCGUCGCACAGGACCGAGAGGUUGUCCCUCCCGCACGCGAUUUCGGCUGUAGUGGUUUCGUGUUCGCGGGAACGGUUGGGCGGAAGAGAAUCGACCAAAAAAGGCAAGGGAACCGUGAGCGAUACUGUCGCCGAAACACAAAAAACAAAAGCCAUUUCGGCUUGCGCUGGAGAUUACCGGCAAAAGUACUUACAAAUCGUUUUGCAGUUGUCGCCACCGUGGUGCAAAUCUCUGCAAUCCACCCACUCGCCGUCCCGAGUGCAGUAGCAUUUCUCGUUGUGAACCUCGUGCCAACUACCGGAGUCGAAUCCCUUGUUGUUCCACCAGCAUUUGUCCCGGUCGACGUCUUUGCAGUCCACCCAGUCGCCAUCGUCGUCGCAAUAGCAUUUCUCGUUGUGCAUCUCGUGCCACUUGCCGCUAUUGAAGCCCUUGUUGUUCCACCARCAUUUUUCCGAUCGCACGCCUUCACAGUCCUCCCAUUCGCCGUUAUGAUUACAGUAACACACGUGAUCCCGGCCUUCGUACCAUGCGCCUGGUUCAUAUCCCUUGUCGUUCCACCAGCAUUUUUCCGAUCUCACGCCUUCGCAGUCAGUCCAAUCGCCAUAGUAAUUGCAAUAGCAAAGUUCUUUGUGGCCUUCGUACCACAUGCCUGGCUCGUAACCCUUGUCGCCCCACCAACACUUUUCUUGCUUCAGGAUUUUGCAGUCCUUCCAUUUGCCGCUGUUGUUGCAAUAGCAUACCUGGUUGUGAUCUUCAUACCACUCGCCUACGGCAUACCCCUUUCCUCUCCACCAGCAUCUCUCUCUCUGCUUCAAACUCUUGCAGUCGCCCCAAUCUCCGUUCCA